CUCCCCGCCCCGACCCGUUCCCGGCUCUGCCGGCCCAAACUCCCCUCCCGCCCCCAGCUCGAGCCCGCGCCCGCCUCCCAAGCAGCCCUCACCCCGGGCCCGCGCAGGCCCCUGCCCCGGGAGCACCAUGUUCCCCCGCCCGCUGACCCCGCUGGCGACCCCAAAUGGCGCCGAGCCCCUGGGCCGGGCACUGAGACGGGCCCCACUAGGCAGGGCCCGGGCCGGGCUGGGGGGGCCGCCCCUGCUGCUGCCGUCCAUGCUGAUGUUCGCGGUGAUCGUGGCCUCCAGCGGUCUGCUGCUCAUGAUCGAGCGGGGCAUCCUGGCCGAGAUGAAGCCCCUUCCCCGGCACCCUCCCAGUCGCGAGGGCGCGGCCUGGCGCGGGGCAGUCCCCAAGCCUGGAGGGCUGUCCCUGGAUGCUGGGGACUCGGACUUGCAAGUGCGGCAGGACGUCCGGAACCGGACCUUGCGGGCGGUAUGCGGGCAAUCGGGCAUGCCCAGGGACCCCUGGGACUUGCCGGUGGGGCAGCGACGCACCCUGCUGCGCCACAUCCUUGUAAGUGACCGCUACCGUUUCCUGUACUGCUACGUCCCCAAGGUGGCCUGCUCUAACUGGAAGCGGGUGCUGAAGGUGCUGGCGGGCGUCCUGGACAGCGUGGACGUCCGUCUCAAGAUGGACCACCGCAGUGACCUGGUGUUUCUGGCAGACCUGCGGCCUGAGGAGAUUCGCUACCGCCUACAGCACUACUUCAAGUUCCUGUUUGUGCGGGACCCCUUGGAACGCCUCCUUUCUGCUUACCGCAACAAGUUUGGUGAGAUCCGAGAGUAUCAGCAGCGCUAUGGGGCUGAGAUCGUGAGGAGGUACAGGCCUGCAGCUGGUCCCAGCCCUGCAGGGGAUGAUGUCACCUUCCCUGAGUUCCUGAGGUACCUGGUGGACGAGGACCCUGAGCAUAUGAAUGAGCAUUGGAUGCCGGUGUACCACUUGUGCCAGCCUUGUGCAGUGCACUAUGACUUUGUGGGCUCCUAUGAAAGGCUGGAGGCUGAUGCCAAUCAGGUGCUGGAGUGGGUGCGGGCACCACCCCAUGUCCGGUUCCCAACUCGCCAGGCCUGGUACCGGCCAGCCAGCCCUGAAAGCCUGCACUACCACCUGUGCAGUGCCCCACAGGCCCUGCUGCAGGAUGUGCUGCCUAAGUAUAUCCUGGACUUCUCCCUCUUUGCCUACCCACUGCCUAAUGUCACCAGGGAGGCCUGUCACCAGUGACCAUGAGUGUGGGGCCAGCAACUGUUGGGGACUAGAUUCUAUAAUGCCAGCUUCCUGUGCUUCUGCCUACCAUUCAGGGAAACUAUGGCUCUGGGGCUUGAGGCUUCUCCACAUGUUCGGAUGGCAGGGACUGCCCUCAGAAAUUCCUCGUCCCAGAUGGGUACCCACAGUAGCUCAGAGGACAGGGCUAGACAGGAGGCUUUCUGCUUUCCAUUGGGGGGAUCUUUUGGGGGCUAGUGUGGUCCUUCUUGCCCUGGCAGGGCCAGACCCAUUUGCUAGUGAAGUAACACGUGAUCUGAAGACUGGUUCCAGGACCUGGCUGCAGGGAUUGUGCAGUCCACUUGGCCCACCUUAAUUUAAUCUGUGGCCCAAAUCAAGGGGGCACCAGCCAGGAGCAUGACCAGAGCUGAGGCCCCUGUGGCUCUGAUCCCCCAUUCAUCCACCCAUGUACCUCAGGACUGAAGUGAGCAGUCGUGCCUUAUAAAUGACUUUUGUGCCUUUCUCCUCUAGACUCAGAAUUUUCUACACCUGCCAGGUUCUUUCCAUUUUUCCAAGGAAAGGAAAACUGAAGCAGGGCCUAGUAGCUCCAGGACCCAGUCCUGCAGGCAUCCAAAGACCCCUGUGCCCAGCCUCUUCCUAGGGCUCUAGGAACCCCCUCCCUAAUCCUCCAUCCCUCCGCACAAGACCUUCCAGGUUGCUACCAUGACUGGUGUAUCUGGCUGCCACUUUUCUGAUGCAUUUAUUUAAAAUUUGUACUUUUUUAAUAGAAUCCUAGCAAGGGCUUUAUUUACCUAAUAGCUGAAUUUUUAAUAAAGCUGUUUUGUGUACAAA